AUAGACUCGGGCGCUUGAGGAAAAUUGUUCGCACGGUUAGAACAGUGGUGGCGAACACAAAAGCUGUUGCUUCUGGUGGUGGUUAUUCCUACGACUAGUACUGCCAUCGCGCCCAAGCUGGGAUUUCACACUCUUUUUACCCUUACGCUCGCAGGACGACCCGAAACAUCCACAAUUCCCUCAAACUAACUCUCUUUCUAUCUCCCAACAAUGUCACGCCCGUUCACAACCUACGGGGAUCACUCAACAGACUAUCUAUCCACGCAACAGCCCAAUUCGUCCUCUUCAGACUACUAUAAGUCUUCGUAUAAUGACGACCUCAGCGACCUCAUUGACCAGUAUACGGAGCCAUACUCAAGAACUUCACGGCAUCAAACUUUUGCUGUAUCGACUAACCCAUUGGAUGAUUCUGAUUCACGAGACCGCUCUUUUUCUAUGGAUCAAAAAGGAUCAUAUUCGGUUGAUAAAGUUGUAGAGGAAGAUGCUGAAAUGGACCCUUCGAAUCAUGACUAUCCUCCAACACUGAAGCAGGAGAAGCCGAUUGACACCAGGAGUUGUUGGGCGAAAAUUCUUCCAGACUCCUGGGCAUGUCGACUGUUUGUCCUGACUGUGGUGAUCGAGACCGCAGUGGAUCUGGCUAUCGAGGGCGACUUGCUUGUUCGAUUGCAGGACGACUCGGGGAAAUUGGCAGUGUAUCUCAGCGUAUUCGCACUUGCACACAUCUUUCAACUUGUCAUGGCGGUCGAUGCGGUGUAUGCACGAAAUACCCUGCAAUUUAUGUCUCUCAUCAUAUUCAAUCUUCUUUUCCUGUUAUACGCCGUUAUUGAAAUUGGCGAAAUCAGGAACUCUCCCACCACUUCCGCCGGGCCUGUACAUGUAUCGGUGAACGUUCUCACUGAUAUCAUACCUGCCGUCAUAUCCGCUGCGGAGAUAGCAUACAUUGGUCUUGGUUGGAAAAUCUAUAACGAGUUUGGCUGGAAGGUGUACAAGUUUCUGGGUGCCGACCGUCGCAUCAAGAAAAUGUAUGCCACAUAUCAGAUUUUCGAAUGUCUUGUCAAGUUCGACGUUUUCUUUUGGGUUGGCUUCUCCGUGCAGUUCAUAUGGUUUGUCCUCCAGAAGGACGAUUGGGAGUACUAUGUCACCUGGGCUGCUCUCCCGUUAUCAAUUCUCCUCCUCAUCGAAGGUCACCUUGCUGCGCGUCACGAGAAUACGUGGAUGAUGGGAACGUUUAUGUUUGGAAGUAUGGGUGCCCUGGUUUAUUUUACGUACAAGCUUUUCCGGGUCCUUCAGUACAGGGACACGCAAUAUGCCUUGUACUGGAAAUCACUCUCCACGUUCUCUGCAAUCGCAAUUGUCCUUCUCAUCAUCACGAUCAUCUUUUCCGUCAUGGUGAUGCGCAAUUUCGGUCGGGGACUAAAGGCAUCGAUUGCAAGAAACAAAACCCAUUCGCAAGGACAUGGAUCCCAACACUUGAACCGAGGACCAAUGAGCGCGAACCCAAACCGGAUGAGUAUCGAAUGAAAGCGCACGUACGUAACAGCCACGGACUUGUUUGUAUUCUAUAGCGCUAUUUGCCACUCUCAUCCUAACCUUGCCUCAACCAACAUUCGCAUUCACAUAUCAUCUUCGCAUCGCGUUCCUUAAUUUCUUGAUUUAUAGGUAUAAGUAUUUACGCAUAUAUUUGCACGCAUGCCAGUAGCAUGCAAAGCUCUCCGACUGGAUCAGGAGGCUUUGUGUUACUUCUGGUAUUCGUUUUUUUUUACCUUCCUUUGGGGUUACCUGUGCUUUGUGGAUAUUUUCAUGUAUCGAUGACAUUAUAAUUAGAUUUAUAUACCACAAGCUGAACCAAUUGCAACUCGGGUAGAGCGUGU